AUGGCAGCACCCUCUCCGAAAGCGGAGGCCAUGAUCGACAAGCUGCCGGCCGAGUUGAUGAUCGACGUCAUGAGCUACCUGCGACCGCACGAUCUGACUCAGCUGGCGCGCGCUUCGAAGCGGUAUCGCGAGUUUGCGCAGUCGGCGCUCUGGACGAGCAUCGAACUACAUCGCCAAGACGCCCACGAUAACUGCUUCACCCUUUCCCACAACCAUCCUCCAAGAGCCUACCUGGACGACGACUCGCUACAUCCAUGGUGCUACCGCGAUUACGACGGGGUAGAUGCCGAAUACGAUGCCAGAAACGAGCAGUUUCGUGCUGCCAUCAGGGAGAUGUAUGCGUCCAAUGGCAAAUCUGGAGCUUGGGAUAGGAUCAAGCCGGCCGUACGACACCUUUGCCUCACGGUAACGCAUGGGAGCCCACCCCAGAUCUGGAAUAUCAUACUCUCGCUUCCUAAUCUAAACACGGUCGAGGUCAUUGGCGAGUACUCCGAAGAUCGGAAAGGUCCGCCUACAGCUCUAGGCCUCCUCCGGAAACCGGCGGCAACCAGUGUACAGAAUGUACGUCUGAGAGGAUACGUUCCCGUGGAGUUUGUUUCGGCCAUCUGCAGGGCUUCAGCGUCUACUAUCGUCAGUCUCGAUCUCGGCGUUCUCGACGAACCAGAGUUCUUCAGAGGCACCGAAGAGGCAGAAGUGGACUUUUGUGGCAGUUGUCCGGUCUACAUUGGUCCCCGAGGUAGUCUCUUGCAUGAUGCGGCAUGGCCUGAGUUCACCUCGCUCACUCAUUUGCUACUGUGCAGACCUGGUUGGUCCUAUGGCUUCCGCGAGAGACGUGGUGAUUUUGAUUACGAAGCCUCUCAAAUGCAGCAAUGGGCGUCUCUCCUCCAGGCAGUCCGGUCUACUGCGGUGGAGGUUGUCUUGGAAUAUCGACGUAUAUUUGUCGACCACGAUGUCGAAUUUGAUAGCGCCACAGCAAACGAAGAGACCAAAUGCCCCCAUGAUAUACGGUUUCGUGAGAUGGUUCUGCAGCGUGCGUUCGCUGGGAAGGACUGGCCAAACCUCAAAAAGUUGAAAUUCCGUGGUAUAAGCUCUGCCAGAGGCGACUACUGGCCUCCUGAAGACGCACCUGAUGAGUCGCUACAAGACAGUGCGACGAAGCUGUUACCGGGAGUCCAGGUAGACCAAGUCCUAGGCAACUUCAUGUUCCUCGACACAGCACGCGGAACGAUUCUCAACCACCAUGGCGCAGACGGGCUGAAACUGCACCUUGAGUUCGACGGGAAACACGCUCUUGACGAUCUCUAUGACAGUGAUAAUUUCAUGGACGAUGACGAGUACGAAUUGAGAAACAAUUCUAUAGACUACUUGUACCACCACCUGUCAACGCGCAAAUAG